AUGAUAAUUUUUUUUUUAGGGCUCAUCUCCCUAACUAAAGGUUAUCAAUGUUCCUAAUUGAAUAAAGAUGAAUUAUAAAUAACAACCAAUUAAGAAGAAUAUAUAACUUUUGGUCUUGACAAACUAUAUUUAGAUAAAGAAGUCGAUUCAAAUUACAUUUUAAUUAAUAAAUCCCCUGAUCCCUACUUUUUGAAUAUGAUAACAUAAACUCAAUACAAUGAAAGUGAAGGCCAUUAAUAUACUUUAAUCUCAUAAAAGUUAAAUAAAAAUUCUGGUUAUCUGGAUAUUUCAAAUUAUUUUAGUGUAUUAAAAUGGGGAAGAUAACACUAUUAUAUUGAUUAUAAUUCUGUAAUGUUUGAAACUACUCCAUUUAUUGAUAAAGUUUAAGAAUUAAAUGUUUAUCCAAACUCCACAUGUUAUGAUCUAGUAGAAAUAAAUUUACAGUUUAUUGUUGAAUGCCAUAAUGAUGAAGGGGAUUAUUUUAUUCAUGUAAAUCAAGAUGAACAUUCAUAUAUUCCAGUUAAUAAUUCAAUUGGUCUAUAAAGAAAACUUGAUUAAUUAGAUAAUUACAUUCUAAGAAAUAUGUACUAUUCUUUAGAGCUAUAUUAAUUAAAUAAUGGCGCAUUAGUAUUUUUAAAUGCUCUUGAUACUGAUUUAUUAAGACAAUUAACUUAAGAUAAUUUAUUUGAUCUUUUAAUAGUCGAUUUUUAAUUUCAUACAAAUUUUUAAGUUUCUAUUUUAAAUAAUCAAAGUUAAUUUAUUUGUCUUGAGUAUUCUUUUGGAACAGCAUAAUGGAUAUUAUUGGAAUAUACCUAUAUUGAAAAAUUGAUUAAUCCUUUUUCAUAUGAUUAUUCACCCUUAUUUAAUUAAUUAGUAGUUAUUUCACCUGAUACUAUAUAUUUGCGUUUGAAUUAAACAUGGAAAAAUUAAUUAAAUUAAACAAUAAAGUCAAAAGACAAAGUAUAUUUGACAUAAAAUUAUAUUAUUUUAAAGAAAGAAUAGGAGAAAGAAGAUUCUCUUUAAAUUUUCAAUUAAAAUUUAGAAUAGAUACAUAAUAUGACUCUAUUACUUUAUGGAUUUAUUACUUCAUAUAAAACUCUUGAUUCAUUUUUAUUGUUUAAUGUAUUUUAUAUUGAAGCUUAUACAAUGAAUAAAGAAAACUCAGAGAUUUUAAGAAUUUAAUCUAAUAAAUAGAUUAAUUAAACAGAAUAAUUUCAGAUUUAAUCAUUAUAUGAUAAUUGUUAUAUUUAAUGUUCAUAAACAGUUGUUGAUAGAACCUCUAAGAAGAUAUAUUUACAUUUACCACUUAUAGAUAUGUUUAAAUAAGGAAUAUAUUUAGAUGAUCUUUAAUAUAAGACAUUUCAAUAGCCUUUUUAAGGUUAAAAUUUAAAAUUAGAAUUUAAUCCCCAUAAAGAUUUAAAUCUUACUUUUAGCAGAAUAAGGCCUAUUCUAAUUAAAAAUGUUUAAGAUCCAAAUUAUGUAAUAUAUAGAAAAAAUCUUCCAUUAUAAGAAUUUGGAGAAAUCUUACUUAUAGAGUAAAAAGAAGAUUUAAUGUUAAUUGGAUACACAUGUAUUUAAAUAGAAUAAACUUUAAGUUGCUCUUAGCAAUUUAAUCUAACUAAUUUUAUAAAGUUAAAUGAUUCAUAAACUCAACUUUGGUGGAAUGUUGGAUAAACAUUUUUCUUUGCUAUUGCAUCUGGCAAUACAAUUUAAAUUUAUUCGAAUAACUAAUAAAAAGAUAAAUUUAUUUUAAUAAAUGAAUUCGAAAUGGAAAGUACAAUAAAGAAAAUUUAAUGUAAUGUAAAUUAUCUUUAUUUGUUGGUUGAAAAUAAAGUAGAAGCAAUCUUAAUAAUUAAUAAUAACUAAUUUUCACCAAUAUUUUCUAUCCCAGCUGACAAUAUUUAUGUAAAUCGUCCUAGUUAGACAGAGUUUUAUAUCAUUUCCUAAAAUAAAUUACUUUUCUUUUAAACAAUAGAAAGGUAUAUUCCUAAAUUAUUAUGGUUUACUUAAAUAGAUUUAGAAUUUACUGAAGUAGAUAUUGGUCUAAUUUCCAUUGGAUAAAAUAAAAAUAAAGAUUAUUUAAUGCUUUUAGCAAAAAAGAAUGGCAAAUAAAUUGGCUAUGUUUAUAAUAAUUAUUAUUAUAGCAAAAAGCAUCCGUAUAUUGAAAAAGAAAUUAAUCUUAAUGAUUAUUCAGAAAUAAAAAUAGCUGAGGGUUGUGUUCAUAAUUCAAAAAUGAUGUUCUUAGAAGCAUUAAACAAUGGAAAACCAGUACUUUUAAUAUAUAGAUUAUAAGAAAGUGCAAUUAAUUCCUUAUUUUUAGAAAUUUCUAUACCUGAAAAGAGCUAAAUUUCAUAUGGCAGUAAUUAUCUAUUUAUAACUGAUAAAAAUAAGAUAAAUACCUCUCUAUACUCUUUAUAUACUGAUGAUAGCUAUUCAAUCAACAUUUAGUUGAGUUAAGACUAUUAUUAAAUUUAACAUUAAGAAUUUUUAAAUUUAUCUGGCAGAGUUUAUAACUCAGAUGAAAAUUAAUAAAUUGAAAAAAUUCUUGUAAAAUUAAUAAAUAGAGGAACUUAAUUAUUUGGAAUUAAAAAAUAAUUAAAUUUUACAUAUGAUAAAGAUGAAAAUAGAAGUCAUUGUUUUGAAAUAGGAUAAUCAUGGUAUAAUGGUUAAGCUUUUGAUAUUGAAUUAUAAGAACCUUAUGGAGAUAUCGAAUAUUAAAAAACAUUAAUUAAAUAAACUGAAACUAUUUAAUCUAGUGAAUCUAUUAUGGAAUUUGAUCUUAAUACUUUAGUUUAAUUAAUCUAAAAUAAAAUUAUUUUAAUUAAUAAAGCAGAUUUUUAAACUACUCAAUUUUCAUUAGAUAAUAAAUAUACAUUUAAUCAUAUUCUUUAUAUUAAAGAUAAUCUUAUUUAUGUAGGAGCAAAGUAUAAUGAUGAAUAUUUAGCUUUAGUAAUUGAAUGCAUCAAUAAUAAUUGCAAACUUCAUGAAGGUAGUCUCACAUCUUCAAACUAAUUUUUAAAAGCCUUUCUAAAUGAAACCACUUUUUUAAUAUGGGAUUCAAGUCAUGUUUCUGUUUAUAAUACUUCUGGACAACCAUAAUAAAUAGGUGAUUUUAAAUUAAUUUAGACAUUUAACUUCACAAAUUUUAAUGCUAUUACUUUAUAGUUUAUGAUCUUUGAAAAUUACUAUUAAAUAUUCAUGAUUGAUAAGAAAUGCCAAUUAUCUCACCAUAAUUUCAACGUUACUGAUAAUUAAGCUUAAUUAUAUUUUUAAGGAAUACAUAACGUGUUAUAAUUCUUAAAUGAAAAAUUCUAUUAUAACAAAGAAUAAAGUUGUACCAAUAUGCAUUUUGUGGAUAAUUAUAAUUUCAUCGUUGAAUUUAAAUCAAGUCUUUCUUAUUAAAUUAGUUUUACAUAUGAAUGCUUAAAGGAUCAUAUUAAAUGUUGGAUGAGUAAUUUUUAAGUAAGUUCUAUAUAUCAAUAAUACGGUAAUUUAAAAUUAAGCAUUUAGUCAAAUUUUUACAUAAAUCAAAAUAUUUUAUCUUAAGCUUAUGAGAUUGAAAAUGGAUUAGAAGUAUUUUUUUAUGAAAUAAAUAUUGAAAAUAAAAAUUUAGAAACUAAAAUAGCAAUAGCUCAUUUAUCAAUUAAAUCUCCCUUAAUUUAAUUAAAAUUAUUCGCAUACCAACAUCUUGGAAAAUUGCAUUUGCUUGUAUAAUAAAGUAAGGAAACCGGCAUGUAACACUAUCUUUUAAGAAAAUCAAUUGAAGUAUGCAGUGAAAAAGAAUCAGUAUAUUAAGAUGUAUCAUUUCUUUUAAAAAAUUCAUAUCAUACAGCGACAGCAACAUUCAAAUUAAAUAUAACAAAAAAUGUCCCUCCUGGACCUGAUCCCCCUGGUCCUGAUCCUCCUGGUCCCGAUCCUCCUGGUCCCGAUCCCCCCGGUCCUGAUCCCCCUGGCCCAAAUCCUCCUGAUCCUGAUAAUCCAGAAGAUGAUAAAGGAAAAAAAACCUUAUGGAUAAUUAUUGGUAUUGGAGCAGGAGUUUUAGGUAUUGGACUCAUAAUUUAUUGCUGUAAAAAAAAGAAAACUCAUGAUUCGUUAAUUUGA